AUGUCUGUCCCAGCUCCAAUCCCGGGAAAUGACUCUAAGCCAGCCCCGAAUCGAAAGUCCACCUCAUCUUCCAUCGAGAAGGUCGAGUCGGCAAACGACACCGUCGACCCCAAGUUCGAGCGACGAACCAUGUUGCGCGUCGACUUGCACAUCGUUCCGAUCUUGACUAUGCUCUAUUCCUUCUCCCUUAUCGACCGUAUCAACCUGGGCGCUGCCUAUGCUGCCGGAAUGGACAAAACACUAGAACUCAAUGUCGGCCCCCGAUACAGUAUCGUCACAUGCAUGUACUUCGUUCCAUACAUUCUUCUACAACUUCCUGGGAACUUGGUCUUACGCAAGUUUGGCGUGCGUGACUGGCUGACCUUCUUGGUCCUCGCUUGGGGGACCGUCCAGCUGGGAAUGGGAUUUAUCAAGAAGUGGGAAGAGCUGCUGGUAACCCGCAUACUCUUGGGUAUCUUCGAGGCGCCCUUCUUCCCAGCUGUGCUCUGGAUCAUAUCGGCUUGGUAUAAGCGCCAUGAGCUUCAGAAGCGAAUGGCUGUAUUCUCAUUGCUUCCGCUCACAGCAGGAGGCUUGAGUCCCCUCUUGGCUUACGGCUUGAGCUUGUUGGAAGGCAAAGGGAACCUGGAAGGAUGGCGGUGGAUCUUCAUUGUUGAAGGGAUCAUCACCAUAUUGCUUGGUUUCGUUGGGUUCAUUUUCCUUCCCAACUUCCCUGAGGAGAACAAGUUCCUCACAAAGGAGCAGACUGAGUUUGUGAUCAAGCGGAUUAAUGAGGAUCGAGGUGAUGCUCUUCCCGACAAGAUCACUUUCGCCAAGGUCAUGAAACAUCUGCAGGAUUGGACGUUAUGGGCGUAUGGCUUCUUGGUCCUUUUCUCUACGAUGCCGUCAUAUGUCCAAAGUUAUUUCUUGCCCAUCAUUCUCGGUGGUAUGGGCUACGAUCGAAAGGGAACACUACUUCUGAGUGCACCACCAUACGCUCUAGCUAUUCCAGUCACAUUGCUUGUGGCCUACCUAUCCGACAAGAAGAAACACCGUGCGGGGUUCAUUAUCGUCCUCGCAAGUAUCGCUGUGGUUGGUUCUGCCCUCACUGCAUGGCACUCGAAUGACAAGGUCCGCUAUUUCGGCAUUUUCUUAAUCAACAUGGGCAACGCCGGUACCUCCCCCUGUAUCCUCACUUACAGCUCGAAUAACGUCGUGAGCCAUAGUAAACGCGCUGUACAAACAGCCCUCAAUGUCUGCGUCGGUUCCAUCGGUGGGAUCGUCGCUGCGACAGUAUUCAGAAACCAGGACCGGCCGAGGUACAUCCCAGGCCUUAUCGCGACUAUGCUUUCUCAGGCCUUGAUCGUACUUUUGGUAUGUAUCUUGACUGCUCGACAUAUGUAUUGGAACAAGCGGGCGAGGGAAGGAAAGUUGAAGGAACCGCUUGAGGGACAGCCUGGUUUUCUUUAUACUCUGUAG